AUAUAUAAAAGUUGAAAUAAACGUAAGCUCAUGAACGAGCUAACAAUUUGGUGCCGUGACCCAUCUUCUUCUAUUUACUACAUCGAAGAAGAACGAACUUAUUAAUUAAUUUACUCAUCCGUAACGGAAAGAGUGUAGUAUAAUCUCAUCCUUCUAGGAAAGAGAAAAAUUAAAUAUUUAUUCAUAAAUUAUUUUCGAAAUUUAUUUAUUAUAAGAAGGUAUCUUCUUUCUAUAUAAAGUUCAAAUUUUUUGUCCUUCCUUUAAGUGCAUUUUUUUUCAACAACGGCUACCGGUACAAGAAACGCAAUAAAACAAGGUGGUACGAACCUUUUAUCAUACGAAUUAAUUACUAAUUCACCAACACGAAUACGAAAUAAAAAAUUAAACGAUAUUUCAUCUAUGCAAGAAAUGGAAACAACCCCAAUGGAAACUCAACAACUUCAUUCAAGUCAAAAAGAAGCAAUGAAGAAAAUAGCUGAAUUUUCAGGAGAAGCUAAUGAACUCGAUAUCGAUGAAUGGUUAUUUGAUUUAAAUAAUUUAUUUUCAUUAAUGAAAUUAAAAGAUGAAACAAGAAUUCUUGAAACAAUGGGCAAAUUAACAGGACCAGCAUUACGAUGGUAUCAAGAAAACUUACGAUCAUUUAUCAACUGGAGUGAUGCUGAAAAAGCAUUACGAGAUCGAUUUAAAGAAUUUACAUCAGACAGUCAAUUAAUGCAAGAAUUUUUUUAUAUUUAUCAAAAAGAAAACCAAUCUGUUAUAUCAUUUUAUGAAAAUGUUAUUCGAAAAUAUAGAAAGUCUCGACAAUUUAUUACUGAACAACAAGUUAUUACGGUAUUACAGAAUGGUGUAAAAAAUUCAUUAAAGGAACAUUUAAUUCGUAAUGAAAAAGAAAUUAAAAAACCAGAAGAAUGGUUGCAAUUUGCAAGAGAAGAAGAAUAUAUACAAAAACGAAUUCAACAAAAAAUUAGCGUUCCACAUCAUGAAUCAAAGAAUUUACCAUUUUUUGAACGUACAUUAUCAACUGCAACAAUUCAACCAACGUCAACAAAUAUUCAGUUAUCAAGUCAACAACCAUCUACAUCACGUCAUUAUUAUAAAAAACCACAUCAACAACAAUCAACAUCAACACGUAGUCGAACAUACCCAACACAAAAUAAUUAUAUGACCCUUAACCGAAAUCAAGAAAAUUAUCCGAAAAAGGAAACUCAGCAAUCAACUCCAUGUUUAAUUUGCAACAAAAACAAUCAUACAACAAUUAAAUGCUUUUAUAAGAAGAACAAUGGCUGUUUUAAAUGUGGACAAUCAAACCAUCAAGGAUCGGAUGAUGGCGACGAUCCCUGUGGAGCCAAAAAGUCAUCAACAACAACAACAUUUUCUCCCGUUUUCGUCGAAAUUUUAUGCAACAACACUCCACAAAAAGCACUCAUCGAUACCGGAUCGGCCAUCACUAUUAUACAUCAACAACUAUUAAAUGAUAUACCACAUGGAAAAUUAAUACCAAAAACAAUAAAUCAUUUAUCUGCAAAUUGCUCAACAUUAAAUAUUAUUGGUGAGAUACCUUUAGAAAUAAAUGUUAAUGGAAUAAAAACAACAAUUAUUGCUGAUGUUACAACAAAUCUUGUUACAAAUUUGAUAUUAGGUAGUGAUUGGAUUCAAUCAAACAACGUUUAUAUUCUCACACCUGAACAACGAAUUAUGAUCCGAAGUCGAGGUAAAGAAGUAUCAACUCCUUUCGUUACACCACCUCUUCUAAAUUAUCCAGCUACUCUUAUUAAUUAUAUUACUUUUCCUCCUUUUUCAGAAAAAAUAGUAGAAGCAAAAGUUCAACCUAACAAUAUGACUGACAUAUUAUUUGAACCAAAUCCUCGGUUAAAAAAUAAAGCAUUAUUUACUGCAAAUGCAUUACUCAAUAUCGAAAAUAGCAAAAUUAGAAUUAGUAUAAUUAACGCAACUAAUCGACAACAAACGCUUUCCGAAGGAACCAAAUUAGGUAUAGUGACACAAGUAUCUUCUACAAUUGGUGUCACCAUGUCAUCAAAUUAUUUAACAGAACGCAUUCCGGAAGGAAAAGCGUGUAAAGAGCUCAUUCCUGAAGGGAAAGGAGCGAAUAAAUCAAACAAAUUAAAUUUUAAUAAUAUGCUGACUACAACAGUACGUGGAAAACAACACCAAUGUCGUGAAUGUUAUCGAAAUUUUGAUACUGGCAACGAAUUGUUUAAACACCUUAGAAACAAAUGUUAUCCUGAAGAAAUAAGACAGCAAAUAAACAAAUUAACCGAACAUAUUAGUGAUGAUAAACAACGAGAACAAAUUUUAAAAAUUUUAUGGAAAUAUGGAAAAUUAUUUGAUAUUAGAAGACCAUCAAAAAUUGAUAUUGUUUUAAAAAAUGCUAUUGAUACUGGUACACAUCGACCAGUCCAUACUCCACCAUAUAGGAAAUCGAACAAAGAUCAAGAAACCUUAAGAAAAGAAACAGAUAAAUUAUUAAAAAAUGCAAUUAUUGAACAUUCAACAUCACCAUGGUCUUCACCUGUCGUUUUAGUAAAAAAGAAAGAUGGAACAACAAGAUUUUGUGUCGAUUAUCGUCGUUUGAAUCAAAUUACAACGAAAGAUGCUUUUCCUCUACCAAGAAUCGACGAUAUUUAUGACCAAUUAACAAAAGCAACAUAUUUUACAAAAUUUGAUUUCAAAGCAGGUUAUUUUCAAGUACCAUUAGACAAAUCAGAUCGACCAAAAACAGCAUUUUCAACUCGAGAUGGACAUUUUCAAUUUAAAGUAUUACCACAAGGUCUUACUAAUGGACCACCAACAUUCCAACGUAUUGUUAAUCAAAUAUUGGGUCCGAAUAGGUGGAAACAUGUACUCGCCUAUAUCGAUGACAUUAUUAUUUACUCACAAAAUUUUAAUGAACAUUUAAAGCACAUUGAAGAAGUAUGUUCAUUAUUACAGGAAGCAAAUUUUAAAUUAAAUGUUGAAAAAUGUGAAGUUGCAAGACCAGAAAUAUUAUUUCUUGGACAUGUAAUUAAAGCUGGUACUAUUAAACCUGAUCCAAAUAACAUUCGUGGCUUGACUGAUACAAGAGAACCAACAUCAGCUGAAGAAGCAUUUAGAUUCGUCAAAGCAGCAGAAUAUUAUAGGAAAUUUAUUCCAAAAUUUUCCACAAUUGCUGCACCAUUACAUAAAUAUUCUCCAGCAACAUUACAACAACAAAAGUAUAAUAAAAAAUUAACAUUUGAAUUAUCUGCUGAAGCUAGAAUAGCAUUCCACCAACUCAAAAAAAUAUUAACAACCGAUCUUAUUCUUGAUCUGCCUGAUGAUACAUUACCAUUUAAAUUACAAACUGAUGCUUCUGGAGAUGGAAUUGGUGCCGUUUUAUUACAAAUUACUGUCAACGGUGAUCGACCACUAGCAUACAUGUCAAAGAAAUUAACAAAAACACAAACUAAUUGGCCAACAAUUGAACAAGAAUGUUAUGCAAUAGUACAAGCAAUAGAAAAAUGGGACAAAUAUCUUCGUGGCCAUGAAUUUAUAUUAGAAACUGAUCAUGAACCGUUAGUUCAUUUUACAAACAAAGAACAAUUAAAUAAAAGAUGUGAACGAUGGCGAUUAAAAUUAGCUGAAUAUCGAUUUAAGGUGAAACACAUACAAGGCAAGAAAAACAAUAUGGCAGAUUAUCUUUCAAGAUCACCAGUCGAAAUAGCUGAAGAAGAUAUUGAAGAACGAACUCAAUAUGAAUCUACAUCAACACAAACAGAUUUAUCAUUUUCAUCAUUAAAUAAAAAUUUAAUUCCAUUAAAAAUAACAACAGCAGUUACUAGAGCUCAAGCCAAGUUACAACAACAAGCAAUGGCAACACCAUCUAUUAAACCAACAAAUGAAAAAAUUAAUGAGCUCAUCCCAAAAGGGAAAGUAGCGAUUGAUGAAGAACCGAUAAUCAAACAAUCAGAUGAAAAUCCAAACAAGAUCAUCCCAUUUGAUAUGGAUGAUUUAAGGAAACUUCAAGAAGAAGAUAAAACAACUCAAGAAAUAAAAAAGAAUAUCAAGAAUAAAAAGCAUUAUUUUAUUGAAGAUGGAAUAUUAUUUAGAAAACAACAGCUACCACUUCCAUCUGUACCAUAUGUUCCAGCAGGACGAAUACGUGGUGAUAUAUUAAAAAUUUAUCAUGAUACACCUGCUAAUGGAGCUCAUUUUGGACGUGACAAAACAACAAGAAAAAUUCAAGAACGUUAUUAUUGGCCAACAAUGAUAGCUGAUACUAGAAAUCAUAUUAAUUCAUGUUUACCAUGUGCACAAAAUAAUUAUCGUCGUCAAAAAUUACCAGGAAAAUUAAAACCAAUACCACCACCGGAAGGAAUAUGGAAAUUAUUAAGUAUGGAUUUUCAUGGUCCAAUAACUCCAACAUCAAAGCACGGAAAUAGAUAUAUUAUAUCUCUUACAGAUGUAUUAUCAAAAUUUGUUAUUACAAAAGCCGUUCGAGAUUGUUCAGCAACAACAGCAGUGAAAUUUCUUACAAACGAUGUCAUAUUAAAAUACGGAACUCCAACAUGCAUUUUAACUGAUAAUGGUACUCAUUUUACUUCUCAAGUUACGAACAAAUUAUUUGAAAAUCUUGGAGUUACUCAUUUAUAUUCUACGGUAUAUCAUCCACAGACAAAUGGACAAAUCGAACGAUUUAAUGCGACAAUGGAUGGAAAAAUUGCUGCAUUAUGCAAUGAACGAUGUACAAAUUGGGAUGAAGUCUUACAAUUUGUUACAUUUAAUUAUAAUACGUCAAUACAUGCAACAACAAGACAAACACCUUUUGAAAUGAUGCAUGGACGACAAGCUGCUCUUCCAUUCGAUCAACAACAUGAAAUUAUUUCGCUCACACAAGAUCCAGAGCAUAGUCGAAAAAUUAGAACAUAUCUUGAAAAAUUAGUCAAUGAAGCUCGAAACAAUAUUAUAAAAAAUCAACAACAAUAUAAAGCUCGAUAUGAUUUACAUAGACAAGAUUUAUUAUUAAAAGUUAAUGAUUUAGUUUUAAUCAAAACAAGAAAUGUUAGAAAUAAAUUUGAUAUACGAUAUGAAGGUCCAUUUAAAAUUAUUAAACAAUUAGGACAUAAAACAUUCAUUGUUCAACAUGUAAAAAAAUUAACAUUAACAAGACAAGUAACAAUGGAUGUUAUCGUUCCUUUGGUGGAACGAUGGAAUUUAAUUUAA